AUGGCGACGAACGGAACCAAAGCCGCGGAUGGACACGUCUUAACGGAGACCGUGACCGACGCAACGGACGCCACCAACAUCAGCAGCACCACGCCAAACGACAAACCGAAAACGCUGGUGGUUAAAGUGCAGAAGACGAAAAAGGAUAUACCGGAGAGGGAAACGUGGGGUGGAAAAUUUGACUUUCUGCUCUCUUGUGUGGGAUACGCAAUCGGACUGGGAAAUGUCUGGAGAUUUCCGUAUUUGUGUGGGAAAAACGGAGGAGGGGCCUUCUUGAUUCCAUACUUUUUGACCCUCAUAUUUGCUGGCAUGCCUUUGUUCUUUCUGGAAACGGCCCUUGGGCAGUACACGUCCAUUGGAGGGCUUGGUGUGUGGAAAUUGGCCCCUGUGUUUAAAGGUGUGGGUCUGGCAGCUGCUGUCCUUUCCUUUUGGCUCAAUAUCUAUUACAUUGUUAUCAUUUCCUGGGCACUUUACUAUCUCUACAACUCCUUCACCACUGAGCUGCCAUGGCAGAGCUGUGGCAAUCCCUGGAACACAGAUCGCUGCUACACCAACUACAGCAUCACGGACACCACUAAUCUGACCAGCGCAGUGUUGGAGUUCUGGGAACGUAACAUGCACCAGCUGACCGAUGGCCUGGAGAAGCCCGGGGAGAUCAGGGUGCCACUGGCCAUCACACUGGCGAUCGCAUGGGUGCUGGUCUACUUCUGCAUCUGGAAGGGGGUCAGCUGGACCGGAAAAGUUGUGUACUUCUCAGCCACCUACCCUUACUUCAUGCUGGCGAUCCUGUUCUUUCGUGGUAUCACCCUCCCAGGAGCCAUAGAUGGAAUCAAAUUCUACAUCACUCCCGAGUUUAGUAAACUGAAGGAGUCAGAGGUGUGGCUGGAUGCUGCCACUCAGAUUUUCUUCUCAUACGGUCUGGGAUUAGGCUCCCUGAUUGCUCUUGGCAGCUAUAAUCCCUUCAAUAACAACGUCUACAGAGACUCUGUGAUUGUGUGCUGCAUCAACUCCUUCACCAGCAUGUUCGCGGGCUUUGUCAUCUUCUCCAUUGUGGGCUUCAUGUCCCACGUGACCAAGAAAGACAUUGCAGACGUGGCCGCCUCAGGUCCUGGCUUGGCGUUUUUGGCGUACCCCGAGGCCGUCACCCAGCUGCCCAUCUCCCCUCUGUGGGCCAUCCUCUUCUUCUCUAUGCUGCUCAUGUUGGGGAUUGACAGUCAGUUCUGUACAGUGGAGGGCUUCAUCACUGCUCUGGUGGAUGAGUUUCCUCGAGUGCUCAGAAAACGCAGAGAGAUCUUCAUCGCUGUGGUCUGCCUCGUGUCCUACAUCAUCGGACUGUCCAACAUCACACAGGGAGGACUGUACGUUUUCAAACUGUUCGAUUACUACUCGGCCAGUGGGAUGUCUCUGCUGUUCUUAGUCUUCUUUGAGUGCAUUUCAAUCUCAUGGUUUUAUGGCGUGAACAAGUUUUAUGACAACAUUGAAGAGAUGAUUGGGUACCGGCCCUGUCUGUGGUGGAAGGCCUGCUGGUGCGUCUUCACUCCGCUCAUUGUGGCUGGCGUGUUCCUGUUCAGUGCGGUUCAGAUGGUUCCUCUCACCAUGGGGGACUAUGUGUUCCCAGCCUGGGGGCAGGGAGUGGGCUGGUUGAUGGCGAUGUCCUCCAUGAUUCUCAUCCCUGGAUACAUGGGCUACAUGUUCCUCAACCUCAAGGGCACGUACAAAGAGCGUCUGCGGCAGAUGAUCAAACCAGUGGUUCUGGUCAAGUCUCAGGAGAACGGCCCGGAGCAGCCGGACCAGAGCCAGAACCCGCCCACUGAAGAGGCCUACAUCUAA